AUGACUGUAACACACAAAACGACCGAUCCACCGGUCAAGCGAAAUGCAUUUGUGUAUAAACUCUACGACAUGCUAUGCAACCCCAAGCUUGCGCACCUAAUCUGGUGGACUGAUGCACCAGACACAAACACGUUUGCACUCUGCCCAAGUACAGAAUUUGCUGAAGCCCUCAGCGGUUACUUCAAGCACGGCAAUGUUGCGCUGUUUGUCCGCCAGCUCCACAUGUACGGUUUUCACAAGGUGUCGGACCCGCUGGCCGCCUCGCACCUGGAUAAGGACGUGUGGGAAUUUCGGCAUCUGUCAGGCAAGUUUCGCAAAGACGACGAACUGCUGUUGGUGUAUAUCAAAAGGCGACUGCUGCUGAAUCUGCGCAACCCGGUUUUGGAAAACGAGCUGCGCAGCACGCCAACUCCGCCCCAUCUAGGCCGCGAGCCUUACAUUUACGGCGUGUUUGGACGCGCGCCAGUGCAACCGCCUGUAGUUGCGCAAACGCCCGUGCUAGCUCACGCUCAUGCCCACGCGCACCCGCAUGCCUCUGCUCAAGUGCCUGGGCCUGUGCCGCUUGCGCGUUCGGCGCCUCCUGCGUCAUUCCAGCCUGACCAGCACCCUUUUGACCGACCCCCGGAGAGGCCCUAUGACCGUUUCUACGAACUAAAACCGUACGAGCGUCCGUUCGAGCCCAAAUCGUGGGAACAUGCGCCGCCACGACAGGACCUCAAGUACGACUUUAAGGAUAUUAAACCCCUUCCAUAUGCGUAUGGCGCGCAACUCCGGGAUGCGCCUGGUUAUAUGUUACCUCCUCCGGCCCGUGCACCAAUAUACCAACUCCUGUGGCAACCCGUGCCGCAGUCUUACGUUGCGCCGGAGCCGCUGCACGAUUCGCAACUCCACUUCCGCAAGCCAUGGGAUGCACCUGCACCAAAGCGGAAUCCAUCGGUGCGCUUUGACCCUUUAGUGCCUGAUGAG